CCAGAACAAAAAGGAGUCCCAGGCACCGCAAGGCUUUCAUUCCCCGAAGUUCUUGGCGUCUAAUCCUUGCCUCCCAUGGCUGUGCCUCGGCGGUGGGCGAACCUCGACAUCAACUUGGUGACGGAGAUCAUGAACCGCGUCCCAUGCGCAAUCGACCGCGCGCGGAUGGCCGCCGUUUGCCAGGCGUGGCUCGCGGCGGUCGAGCAGGCAGAGCCUCCGACAUUUCAGCUCCCGUCGCUCCUCCUCCCGCCCGCGGACGUGACUGGCGUCUACUGCUACCUCAGCGGUUGCCGCGAACACAACAUGUUGCCCUUGCCCGCGCCCCGCUACUUCGGCUCGUACGACGGCGGUUGGUUCUUCCUCGCCUACGGUCAGACUCGCGGGCACCGGCUGCUCAACAUCCGCACCGGAGAGUCCCGCGCGCUACCCGACGUGGUCGACGUCGUGGUUCACACCGCUUACGAAGUCCUCAGCAUGGUCGUCCUCGCCGCCACCCUCUCCUCCCCGCCUGAUCACCCGGAAUGCGCCGCCGCGGGCAUCGUCACCUACCAGCCGGACCUCAACGGGCCGCACCGACGCGACUUCGCGUUCUGGGGCCCAGGGGAUGAUGUGGCUGUCUGCGACGUUUUGCCCGCCGCGCCUGUUGGGCCGGAGUGGGAACUGGAGGACGUCGUGUACUACCAGAACUCCUUCCAUUUCCUAACCCAAGGUGGGCAUAUCCUCGUGUGCGGAGGGGUCUAUGAUGAUAAUGGUGGGAUUAUUCUGGUAGCGCUGUUGGCGGCGUUAACGUGCUUACAGGAAGGCGGGUGCAAUGACGAACAGUUCGUCCACGCUCGCUACCUCGUGGUAUCCGGCGGGGAACUGCUGAUGGUCGUCAGGCUCGCUGCCCACCAUCACGCGCCGACUUCUUCGUUCAAGGUUUUCCGGAUGACGACGACGCCUACGAAUAUCAUCCAGGCAGGCCAUAACGGGGAGGUGGCUAAUGAGUACACUAGGACCUGGAAUUGGAUCGAGCUGGGUGAAUUGGGUGGCCGGAUGCUGUUCGUGGGGCGAGGAUGCUCCAGGUCCUACGAGGUGCGUGAUUACCCGAGGUUCAAGGAAGGCAUCUUCUUCUUGGAUGAUCGGAGCUUCUACGACGCCGAGAUGAUGUUCGGCGGAGUCAAUGAGAGGAAGUACCCUUGCAACGACAUCGGCAGGUGGUCGCCACCGGAAGGGCCGCUGCCUUCCCACGUCGAACUCUACUUCCCGGAGCGGGUUCCUUCGUACAACUCUCCUCCGGCUUGGCUUUUCCCUUGAGAUCGCAGGUUUAUGGUUACGAAAGCCAUUGUGUUUGAGUGCGAUAAAUCAUGUGUAUGUUCGUCUUGCGAUAAAUCGUUGGUUCUGUUAACAGUGAGACAGUAGCUGAAAUUGUAUGCAACUAAGAUUCAGAUGUGUUCUGUUUGCUGUGCCUAGUGUGUUGCAACUGUUCUGUAUUUUGUGCUACUCUUAUCAGUUUACAUACAUAUGUCCAGAAAUGGUUUUUGAUGGGAAAUGUGCAGAAAUGGUUGCCACUU